GAGGAGGAGGGGACUCCACUAACUUUGUAGUUCAGCUUUGGGAACCGCUCUGACAUUCUGCUCUGCGCCGCGGGCAGUGCCGAGCCUCUAGUCGAGAAGAAGGGCUCUGUGCUGAAGCAAAAGCGGUCGCCCCAGCAGAGCUGCCUAGUCCAGAUGGAGGGAGCCUCGACCCUAGACGCCAGCUUGCCAGGGCCUCUGGCCCUCCCAGGUCUGCUCUUUGCAGCCACCCUGCUCCUCCUGGCCCUGUUCCUCUCCACCAGGCGCACCAGGUGCCCUGGUGAACCUCCCUUGAUAAAAGGUUGGCUUCCUUAUCUUGGCAUGAGCCUGAAAUUUCAAAAGGAUCCUUUAACAUUCAUGAAAACUCUUCAAAGGAAAUAUGGUGACAUUUUCACUGUUUUGCUUGGAGGGAAGUAUGUAACUUUUGUUCUGAACCCCUUUCAGUACCAGUUCAUAAUUAAAAACCCCAAACAACUAAGUUUUGGGAAGUUUAGCAGACGAUUAUCAGCUAAAGCCUUUUCUGUCAAGAGGCUGCUAACUGACGAUGACCUUAAUGACGACAUUCACAAAGGCUAUCUGCUUUUACAAGGCAAAUCUCUGGACAGUCUUCUGGAAAGCAUGAUCCAAGAAAUAAAGGAAAUAUUCGAGCCCCUACUGCUGAAAACCACAGAUUGGAAUACAGCAAGAAUAUUUCCUUUCUGUAGCUCACUGGUAUUUGAAAUCACAUUUACAACUCUAUAUGGAAAAAUUCCUGCUGAUAACAGGAAACAAAUUAUCAGUGAGCUAAGAGAUGACUUUUUAAAAUAUGAUAAUAUGUUCCUAAACUUAAUAUCUGACAUACCCAUUCAGUUUCUAAGAAAUGAGGAAUCUAUGCAGAAGAAAAUUAUAAGAUGUCUUACAUCAGAAAAACUAGCCCAGAUGCAAGGAUGGUCUGAAAUUGUUCAGAAGAGGCAAGAUAUGCUGGAAAAAUACUAUAGGCGUGAAGACUUUGAAAUAGGAGCACAUCAUCUUGGCUUUCUCUGGGCCUCUACGGCAAACACCAUUCCAGCUAUGUUCUGGGCAAUGUAUUAUAUUCUUCAGCAACCAGAAACUAUGGAAGCACUGCGUGAUGAAAUUGACAGCUUUCUGCAGUCAACAGGUCAAAAGAAAGGGCCUGGACUUUCCCUCCACUUCACCAGAGAACAAUUGGACAGCUUGGUCUGCCUGGAAAGCACCAUUCUUGAGGUCCUGCGGCUGUGCUCAUACUCCAGCAUCUUCCGUGAAGUUGAAGAGGACAUGGAUUUCAGCUUAGAGACUACAAGUUACUGUCUGAGGAAGGGAGACUUCGUAGCUGUCUUUCCUCCAAUCAUACACAGUGACCCAGAAGUCUUUGAAGCUCCGGAGGAAUUUCGGUUUAAUCGUUUCCUGGAAGAUGGUAAGAAGAAAACGACCUUUUUCAAAGGAGGGAAAAAGCUGAAGUAUUACAUUAUGCCAUUUGGAUUUGGAACCAGCAAAUGUCCGGGCCGAUAUUUUGCAGUUUAUGAAAUGAAGCUAUUAUUGGUUAUAUUUUUAACUUAUUUUGAUUUAGAAAUAAUUGACAAGACACCCAUAGGACUAAAGUACAGCCGUUUGUUGUUCGGUGUUCAGCAUCCUGACUCUGAUGUUUCAUUUAGGUACAAGGCAAAAUCUUGGAGAAAUUGAAAGGGUGGCAAGAAACAGAGUGAGGCUGUGUGUGCUGACCUCUGUUGCUUGUUUCUUUCACAUUAAUAUGACUAUUGUGUUUGUAUGUUUGAAAAUGGCAAAUUUAUAUUUGGUUUUAGAUCUAUCCAGUUUGUCCUUGGUCACAAAACCUGUCAUAAAAUAAAGUAGGGCGGUGGCAUAAAAAAUGACUAUGACAAUCAUUUCAGGAUAAGUUAAAAAUAAUGUUUUAAACUUUGUACCUACUGUGAUUUUUAUCAUUUUCAGUGAUUGUAGUUUUCCAGUAAUAAAUUUGGCCCAGGGUAUUUUUUUAAUUACUGAAAUACUCUAAUAUGGCUUUAUGUACUGCCAAAAAGUGUGCCAUCGAUGGACAGUCUGAAGUUUUCCAAAUUUCCAGAGAAGAGAAAUUAAAUCCCAUAAGUUUCACUGUGUGAAAAUGUUCCCUUCAAGUAUAAUAUCAAUAAUGUCUAUAUCACCAGGUUACCUUUGCAUUAAAUGAGUUUGCAAUAGAUUAAAUGUUCCGAUUUUCCUUCAAUAUCUAGUCAUCCGAUAAAUACUCUUUAUAACUUUGUAUUCUACAGUUCAACAGGACAAAAUUUCCUGUUAUGUAAGACCUCUCAUGCUCAAGUUAGAUAUUGUUAAAAUUUAAUGUGUAAGAAAACACAGAGCCUAUUAUAUAUUCAGCACUUGCUCUAGACAUUAGUAUUAGGUUUAGUAUGCAGGGAAAUGUUGAAGUCAUUACAGCAUUGAUGGUAGUGUUGGUCUUUAGUAUAAACUGUGUUAUCUAAUGCUGCAAUGAACCCUUUACUAAAUGUUUCCAUUUCUAUAAAAUGAGAAGUUAGGUAGUAUUAUUUAUUUACAACUUUCUGGACUUGAAGGUUAGUUGUAUUAUUUUAAACUAUCAAAUUAAAGUAUUCAAAAUAAUUUUAUGUGACACAAUAUAACCUAUACCAAUGAUUAAAAGAUUUCUAUUAUCAAAUUUCCCAGUGAUUAACAUUUGACAUAAAUGGUGAUAGAAAAAUACAAACUCACAGGGCAAAUAAUUAAGCCAGAUUAAUUCAUGCUGCAUUAAUUAGAAAUUCUAAUGCUUUGGAAAUUUUCUAUUAUUGUUAUAAAGGAAAUUAUUUAAAAUAGCACUCUGAAAUGUUAUUACACACGGUAAAUACAUAGUGGCAUUUCUUUUCUCCUUCCUCGAGCAUAGGCUCUUUGAAUGCUGCUUGCUGCUUGUAUACUCUUAUGAAUUCUGUUUCUGUUUGAUUGAGAUGGUUUUUACUCUCAGUCUUAUUGCCUUUUUCAAAAUCUGCAAAAUGAGCUCUGGAGAGACGGUUCAAUGGUUAAGAGCACUGGCUGCUCUUCUAUUAGACUGGGGUUCAUUUCCGAGCACCCACAUGGCAGCUCACAACUAUCUGUAACCUGUUCCAGGGGGUCUGCCACCCUCAUACAGCCAUAGACAGUCAAAACACAUAAAACAAAAAUAAAACAAAUUAUAAAAAUGCAGAGUGACCUUUUAUGGUUAUACAAAUUCACAGAAAACAAAGUGAGGUUAUGACUUAUGAAAAGGAUGUGGAAUGAUUAAACCAACUCAAAUUAUUGAAUUAACUCACUUUUGUUGUAAGAGCAUUUUAGAUAUAUUCUCUUAGCAACUUUAACUGUACUGUGCUUAGUUAUUAAAUAUUUUCAUGAAGCAAUGUACUGGAACCCUUCCCAAAUCCCCAAAAAAAGAACAUAUUCAUCCUGGAUAAGAUUUUGUACUUUUUGGUCAUUUCUCCUACACUUUCCUCAGCCUCUGCAAUCACCAUUCACCCUGUGCUUUGAUAAGUUUGGUUAUUUUGUAUUUCAUAUAUAUUCUAGAUUGCUUCUCUGUUGCUAUGACAAAAAUAUUGUGACCAACAGUAACUUAAGGAGAAAACAGUUUAUUGAGGGACAUCUUUCCAAAUCACAGUCUGUCAUUGAGGAAAUCAGGGCCAGAACUCAAGGUAGAAACCUGAUACAUAAACAACAGAGAGAUGCGGCACAGUGGCUUACCCACUCACUAGUUUUCUUAUACAGCCCAGGUCCAUGAGCCCAGAAAAUGGCACUGUCCUCAGGAGAUGGACUCUGCCACAUUAAUCAUCAAUUAAGGCAAUCACUCAUAGACAUGGCCACAGGCAUGUAAUGAAGGCUAUCGUUCCUUUGAGGUUCCCCCUUCCCAGACACUCUAGGUUGUACCAAGUUAAGGCUCUGCCCUGUAGACUAUCAAAGCAGAUGCUGAGACUUAUGGUCAACUGCAUGGAAUCUUAUGUAAAAAGUGGGAAAUAGUAAGAUCUGGAGAGGACAGGAACCCCACAAGGAGAGCAACAGAACCAGAUAAUUGGAACACAGGGGUCUUCCCAGAGACUCAUACUCCAACCAAGUACCAGGCAUGAGGAUAACCUAGAACCCCUGCACAGAUGUAGCCCAUGGCAGUUUAGUGUCCAAGUGGGUUACAUAGUAAUGAGAAGAGGGACUGCCUCUGAUAUAAUCUGAUUGGCCUGCUCUUUGAUCACCUCCACUUGAGUGGGGAGCAACCUUACCAGGCCACAGAAAAUGACAAUGCAGCCACUCCUGAUGAGAUUUGAUAGACUAAGAACAGAAGGAAGGAGAGGAGGACCUCCCCUAUCAGUGGACUUUGGAGGGGCAUGCAUGAAGAAAGGGGAGGGAGGGUGGGACCUGGAGGGGAGAAAGGAGCGGCUAAGGGGGGACACAAAGUGAAUAAAGUGUAAUUAAUAAAAUAAAAUUUAAUUUAAAAGAAAAGGUUAAAAAAUAAAAAAAUAAAAAAUAAUACAUAAGGUAGAAUAUGUAGUAACGGACUAUUUAUGCUAGGUUUUACUUCACUAAAUCUAUGUUCUCUAAAUCUGUGUUGUUACAAAUUACAAGAUUUAUUUGAGACUAACAAUAUUUCAUCAUAUGUAUAUUCCACAUUGUCUUUAUUCAAAUGCUGUCUCUAACCACCUCUACCUCCUCCUCCAUACAAUUCCGUGACAGUUUUCAUUCUCUCAAAAUUAAAGCCUAUGUGUUAUGUUUCAUGAUCAGACCCACUGACCCUCUUCCUUUUGAGAGUCUCUGUGGCCGAUUUUGAGCCUCUAACAUCUCAGCGUUUAAGUCUUCUACCUCAUGGAAUUUCUGAGUUUAGUGAUUGCAUUUUUCAGUUUGACAAUUCAUUGUUCUUCAUUUCUACCUGACCAAAUUUUGUAAUAUCUUGUUCCUUUAAUCUACUUUCACUAUUCCUCUACAUUCCUUUAGCCAUAUUAAGCAUGGUUUUAUUCUGCACCUGCCAUCUUUAGCCCUCUGGUGUUUUAUGGCUGUUACGCUAUAGUCCCCUUUCCCUUCAGUUCUUCUGAGACAACAUCCCUUGGAAUUUUACCUUUGAAAAAUGUUUCUGAUACGAAUUUAAUGCUCAUUCUUCCAAGUAUAAUUUGCCUUUGAUUUUGUUUCUGUUUAGUUCUGAUUACUGGGAGUGAUCAGUUGGAGUAUUUGAGAGGGGACAUGAUACAUUGCUUAGGAACUGUGAAUUCCAGCCUUAAAUAAAACCCUGCAGAUAAGGGUGUUUUGUUAAGGGGUAUUUGUUGUUUUGUUGCACGUUUGCUCUUUUACUUGUUUUGUUGUGAGACAGGGCCUUAUUAUAUAGCUUCAAAUGUCUAGGAACUCAAUACAUGUUCAUGGCUGGCCUUGAGCACACAAAGAUAUGCCUAGUAGGUGCUGAGAUCAAAGGAGGUACUUAAAAACUAUGAUCAGGAAUUAUUGGUUUUGUCUAUUUGUUAGUUGUUUGUUUGAACCAGAAACAAAUUAAGUCAUACAAAUAUGUCUAAUCCUGCUCUUGUAGAGAAAGGUUUCUAAUCCAUCCAGCAAGUAUGUUGACUCUGAAAAUUACUGACUUUGUGCAGGGGUCUUGGAUUUGAUACCCCCCCAUACACACACAUUUUCACACAUAUGUACAUGUACACACAUGCAUGAUUAUGCCAUGGUGAGCUCUAGACUUUGUCUUUUGCCCGCCAUAAAACACAGUUUUGUUUCCAUCCAAGUUGUAUUUCAAUAUUGGUCUGCUUUAAAGUCUAGAUGGAGAACCUUUCUAUGUUGUAAAAUUCAACAAGCAGUGUACUUUCAUGAGGUUGCCAAAGAGAAAAACCACAAGAAGCUGUUGUACUCUAAUUUCUCCUUACUACAAAGGUGUAUAUGCAGUCUUUAAAUAAAUAAAAUGGUUGAAGAAAGAUUUUAUGAAACAGAGAGAAGCAAGGCACAUACCUGCUACUCCAGCCUUUGGGAGGCUUAAGUAGGAGGAGCCUAAGUUCUUGGACUACCUUGUGAAACCUCAUUUCUCAUAAAACAAAGGUCAUGGGUUCUAGCUGGUUAUGUGUUGUUAUCACCAACACAUGUGAAACUUAUAUUGAAAACAAAAUUGCAAAGUUUAACAGAGAUACUUCAGCAACUUUUUGUCUUUUAAAAAUUUCUUUGUGGGCAAGAGAGUUGGCUCAGCAGGGAAGAGCAUGUGGUGCACCCAAAGAACUGAGUUUGGGUCUUAGCACCCACAGUAGGCAGCUUAUAAGUCCAUCUCUAGGGGAUCCAAUACCCUUUUCUGGCCUCUAUGAACACCCACACACACGUGGCAUUCAUAUAAGCAGGCACAAGCACAUACACUUAAACAAAAAUGAAACUUAGUUCUUUGAAAUUUUUGUGCAGUUGUUUUGAUUGUAUUCAUCCCCUUCCCCCAACUCCUCCCAGAUGCAUUCCCCUUCCCUUCCUGCCCAACUUUGUUUCUUUUUCUUUUUUUUUUUUCCUCCCAUCAGUUACAAUUUGUACUGCCCUUAUACUCUUGGAUGUGUGGUUGCACUGGAACCUGUUUGAUCCGCUAAGGGCCACAUACUUAAAGAGAACUCACUUCUCUUUUCCCAGCAGAUAUGAAUUUCCAGUUGCUCCUUAGGUAGGGGUGGAAAUUUAUUACCAUCUCCCAUAGGCUGUGUACAUUCUGACAGGCCCCUGUGGUUCCUAUCUUCAACUACACUGCUAUGCCCAGUAAACACUGUUUUCUCGUAGUCCUGGACUACUUCUGGAUCUCACAAUCUUUCUGUCUGUUCUUCUGCAAUCAUCCUUGAGAUGAAGUCUUGGGAGGAGGGGAUGUAAUAUAGAUGUUUCUUUUUUUUUAUUUUAUUUUUUUAUUUUUAUCAGUUACAUUUUAUUAACUCUAUAUCCCAGCCGUGUCCCAAUCCCUCAUUCCCUCCCAGUCCCUCCCUCCCUCCCUCAUCUCCACCGUGCCCCUUUCCAAGUCCACUGAUAGGGGGGACCUCCUCCCCAUUCAUCUGAUCCUGUUUUAUCAGGUAUCUUCAGGACUGGCUGCAAAGCCCUCCUCUGUGGCCUAACAGGACUGCUCCUCCCUUUGGGGGUGGGGAGACCAAAGAGCCAGUCAUUGAGUUCCUGUUAGAAAUAGUCCUUGUUCCCCUCACUUUGGGAAACCAAUUGGUUACUGCUGAGCAGACAUGGGGUAAGAUGAUCAAUCCUCAUUUAGAAAGACAGAUGGGAUGUGCAUUGAACGUAUGACAGGAGUCUACUGAGCGCAUCUGAAAGACUCUAACUAGCAGUGUUUUCAAAGCAAAGACUCAUGACCAAACCUUUGGCAGAGUACAGGGAAUCAUAAGAAAGAAGGGGAGUUAGUCUGAUGGGGAAAGGAUAGGAGCUCCACAAGGACCAAAUAUAUCUGGGCACAGGGUCUUUUCUGAGACUGACGUUCAACCAAGGACCAUGUAUGGAUAUAACCUAGAACCUCCACUUAGAUGUUUCUUCAGGUCAGUCAUGCUACAAUCUGCUAUUCUCUGAACCUUGACAAGGUGGGGUUUCUGUGACAAUCACAAUUUACUGGAAAAAAUAAGUUUCCUUGGUGAGGGUUGAGAAAUGCAUUUAUAUAUGGGUAGAACUUCACAAGUGGGCCUCAAAUGUAAUCAUAACAUUGGUUAGUGCCAUAAUGUUUGUGCCACUAUUGUAACCAUGAGCAUAUCUUAUCAGACCAUUCAUUAUUGUAGCUCAUAGGGUUCACAGCUGGAUAAGUCGAUGAGCAGAUUUUUCUGUGGUAACAUUCAUAGCAUCUUCCAACACUAUGAAAGCUAUCAAGUAGGGAUGAAGUUUCCAGGUCAGUACCAGCUUGGUUUCCCCAUGCCCUUGUACUCAAUUAUACAAUGUCUUUAGAAAUAAAAUCUUACUGUCAUAUUUUCUAUGGUAGCCAAGAACAUUGGCAAUAAUCCGUAAUGUUUGUAGUCUAUGUGACCUCAAUGACUAGCAACUCCAAAGAGGUAACUUACUCCUGGCACUGAGUGAAGCAUGUUAUUCCUCUUUCCAUGGUGUACCGUGGGCUUGUUGUUGAAUCAUUAUAGGAUAACACUAUCAAACAAUAUUUUAUAUGUAUGUGUGCUUAUGUUUUAGAAAGGUUCUACAAUAGUAGGUCAUAUGUUUAAUACAGGGAUAUUUUAUAGUUAUUGUUUUCUCAUUCAUCUAUUUGAUUGGAUAUUUACUGAGGAUUUUCACUGGUUAGUUAUGAUACCAUUCAAUAUAUUAACCUUCUCCUUUAUGAUUACCCACUUUAUUGGAGAAAACAACAUACAAAUAACUUAUCUGUUGUUGGUUUGCUUGUAAAUAAUAAAGUUUUCUUUUUAAAUUUAUUUUGAUAUUUGAUUGGCUAGCAGAGGUUAAAUGCUCUGUGGAGAUCCUUCGAGCUAACUUUUACUAAAUAAGGCAUGCUGACAAGCAAGCUUUACUGACAUUUUCAUCUCCUUAGCUGGCUUUCCUGUGACUGCUGCUGUACCAGCUGCAGUUUGUCAUCAGAUCUUGGGUCACUAUCCAGGUGAUACUCAUAAUUCAAAUAUCCACUGUUUAUUUGUGCUUAUUUUAAUCAUAAAAAGUGAUCUGGAUAAUACUUCCUUUAAACAGCUUCUCAUUUAACAGUAUAAUCUUAGAAUUUCUUAAAGACCACGGUACUCAGACUUUAAUUUUAGAAUUUAACAAGUCACUAUGCUGUGUAAAUCAUAAUUUCCAGCCUUUAAAAAAGUGCACUUUUAAAAAUAUUUUUUAUUAAUUACAGUUUAUUCACUUUGUAACCUAACUAUGUGCACUUUUAAUAUAUUGUUUGCCAGUGUUGCAAACUGAGGUUUACUUGCAUAUUAGGUUUACUUCCAUAUUAGAUAUUCAUACUCAAAUUACUCAAUUAGAUAAAAGUUUAGUAUGCAGGAUUACUCUCUUUGCAGCACUGCUUUGCGUUAUAGUGAGCAAAGUUAUAAAACUGUAUCAUUUGCCUAAAGCAAUCAUUACUUACUCUUACAGUGUUAGAUCAGUUACCAAUGAGCUUUGCUUUUCAGCUUAAAUGUAUAUUAAAUUUCCUAGAAUAGAUUACGUUUAAUUCAUGAAAAAUUAAAUCACACACUUCUGAAUAGGUAAAAAUUUAUCAACAGUUACGUUUCAAAAUGUAUUUAGACUGAAAUGUUCUAAAAUAUUAACUAUUGUCUAUUCAUUUGCUUACUAUUUUGAUUAUUAAAAGAUACAUACAGAUUUAUAAAAAAGUAAAUUAUCUUAAAUAAAUGUUGUAGAUUCAAAUAUUUUACAAAUGAAAUAGUUAAUGUUAUUUAAAUUAAAGUAAAAAAUCAUCCUUUAAAUCAAAGCUGAAUGUUUAUAUCUCAUUAGGAGUAUAUUCUAUUAGGAGUAAAUUGGUUAUAAACAUUUGGUUAUAAAAAGCGGUUUUUUUUUUGAGAACUGCUUAUGUUAUGUGAAUAAUCCAAAUUCAUCCCUCACCUUCCUUAUAUAUUUGUCCUGGUCUUCUGAUGCUCUUCCAAAAACAAACAAACAAGGAAACAAACAAACAAACAAAAACAUAGUGUUUGGAUUAUCUUUUGGUACUUUUUAAUUUUGUGUGUAUGUGGGAUAAAAACAGAUCCAGGAAAGGUCACUAAAUCUGUAAUGCUGGCCUGGCUGGGCUACCACUGUUAACACCUGCUAGUCUGUGGAAAAGGGGUGUAUAAGAAUGAGGAACGACAAGGAAAUCUCAGUCUCCCUAGGCUUUGUCUUCUGCAGCUUUCUUAACUGCUAAACAGAUAAUAAAGGAAGCUGAGUAAUAUUUGGAGAGAAUUCAAAUUAUUCAUACAUUAAAAUGCAAAUGCUAAACAAAGCCUAUAACAGAAUGGCAUUGCUGAGAAUGAAAUGAGCCUCUUGUGGUAACUUGCUACAGUGUUGCACUGGAGCAACUGAUAUUUUUUUUAGGAACACUAUGGUUGGAGGGAUUCUGAUAGAAGUAUACUAGGAGAUGUCCAUGCUCCUUUUAGCAGGGAACAGAAGCCAGCUGUUGGAGAAGGUGCACCUGGUCCCUUGCAACUGGUUGGUCCAACACUCCUCAUUCCACAAAAGGAAAUUAAAUGGACAUUCUGUAAAAACUACCUUGACUUUUAUUUGUACUCUAUAGAACACUUACUAAACUACAUUAAAAUGUAAAUAGCUUUCUGGAAUUAGUAAGAUCAUAUAAAUAAUAAUGUUUAUUUUCUAUUCAGAGUAGGACUGGAUAAAAAACAUUUUAUGGUUAUGGCAGAUUCUAAAGGGUAGUUGAUAUAAGAAAAAACUACAUUGCAGACUACACAGGAAAUGAUUCCUUAGAGAUAAAAUCAUUAUCUAUUUGUAUCUAUAACAGAAAGUUACAAAUUAAGAAUAUAUAUAUAUAUAUAUAUAUAUAUAUAUAUAUGUCAAGUAGAGAAAGGAAAAAACAGGUAUUACUAUCUCAUGAUUCAUCAUUGAAAUUAUUUUAAAUAAAGUUAUUUUGAAAUAACUCUACUGAAAAGUUAUAAAAUUUAUUUUCACCUUCAAGGAAGAAACUAGACUAAACAAUUUUUCAAAAAGUUAAAACUAAGAAAGGACUUUUGGACUAGUGAACAUUUUCAUUAACCUUUGACCCUUGAUAGUGACCAUUCAUAGCUCUUCUAUAGGGCAAGAGGUCACAAACACUAACUGAGUCACAGAUAUAACUUGUUUGACACUUCAUUGCCCACUAUCUAUAUAAUAGUUUGAUUUUCAUAAAAAGUAAAUUUUAAUUGCUCAAAGAUCUCAGUUUGUUGACCAAUUAUAGAUUUUUAAAAUUCCCCUCCUUUGAGACACUUACACCUUAAAUAUAUGUAUACCUUCUGGUUCUGCAUAAGAAAAUUACAGUUGUAUAGACUCAAAUAUCAGUGGACCCCACUUGCUGAUGUAAACAGCAUUCUGUAGAUGAAUGACCUUUUCUCUUUCAGGGCUCUUUGUGCUCUUGUGGAGGCCUGGUUAGGAAAGUCAUUUCUUCUCAUCGAUGUCUGCAAUGAAGGGCACAGGCUCUUCCUGGCCCCUGAUUUUGAAUGUAAUACUGCAGAGAGACAAUACAUAGUAAAUUUAGCUGCAUUUACUGGAACAGACAAUGCACGAUUGAUUUUGCAUUUUAACUACUUAGGUACAUAAUCCACCACCACCUGAAGGAGUAGAAUGUUUUCUCUUCAAAGAACACAUAAGGAUAUUUAACAGAAAAAUCCUUGUACUAAAUUUAUUGCCAGAGUUGAGUAAAUGUAUAAAAUGAAAUAGAAUCAUAAAGCACCUUUAUGUUGAGAUCUAUACUCUUGUCCCUAAACACCUCUAUUAGCUUGGCAGGUUUGAGUUGUAACUAUUCUCCUAGUACAAAUGAAUCUUUAAGAGUGAGAAGCAUUUAUAAAUAAUAGAUCCUACAAACAUAUCUGGAUUUUAUUCCAAAAGUUAAAAGGAGAAAUAAUAAUUGCUUUAUAUAACCACUGAUACCACUUUAACGUUUGAUGAAGAUGUUAAUUUAUGGUUGGUUAGCAGUUUAUGGCUGUCAUUAGUUUUUCAGUUUGAUCCACAUUAGAAAUCUAUUUUUCUUUUUUAUUUUAAUCUGAGAUAAUUAUAUAAAGAUAUGGUUAUGUUUUAUCUAAAAUGUAUCAUUCUACUAUAGCAUUUCAAAUUAUUCACAGAUCAUAGUUCUUAUAUGUGCAUAUAUGAAUUUAAAAAUACAGCAAUAAAAUGCUUGAAACAGAUCAUAAAUUUGCUUCAUUUUUUAUUGCAUCUGUGAAUCAGGUUGAAAAGACAAGGACAGCUAUGGUCUUUGAGAGAGAAUUAACCCUUUCUCAAGCUCGGAAGGAGUUGAUAUCUUAUUGAGCAUAAUUAAAGUCAAAUUUCCAUCAAAGCGUCCUGGUGACAUAUAAGGUGACAUCCUUAGUAGGUUUGGGCUUGGAGUAGUGGUCAGUGUUUAAAAUCAUCUUUCUUUUUCCAGACCACAAAUUUCCCUCCCAGUGCUGUCUAAUCUGUAUUUCUAAGUUGCUGAACAAGAGAGCAUGCCAGGAAAGGGAGACAGUAAACUAGCUCUGGCCUCCUCCUUCCUUCUCCCUUUCCCCCCAUCCCCCCUCUCAUUUUGAGACAAUCCAGAAAAAUAUUAAGACCAAUACCACUAAUUCAGAAAAGGUGACAGAACUGAAUCCACAUAAAUCUCCAGAAAAGGGAAGGGAGAAUAGUUUUCUCGUCCUAAUAAGGAAGUAAAUAAAACUUCCUCCAGGCUUACAGUUAGGGCACAUUCUCAGAACUCCUAAGGCUGGCCAAUUGCAGGAGGUGUGCCUUAAAAGGAUGGCCCUGGAUCUGGAGUGCAAGGUGCUGCGGGAUCUAGCAACACCUGGGAGAAGAAUUCUAGGCAAAUUCCUUAAGUUUUCUUUGUGUCCCAGGAAACUAAAGUAGGGUCACAGUUGGUCUGCGGGAUGGGCAGGAAAUGCCAGGCUUUGGGAAGCUUGGGGGUAAAGUUCGCUCAGCAACAGAGCUCUCCACCCUUUUGGGAGGCUCAGAGUUAGAAUGGCUCUUUUGGUGCUCCUACCACCGAUGUGGUUCAGUUUCUACACCAUCCUGCUCCGGAAAAGCCUACUCCUGUUUCUGGCUGAGGUUGUGACUUGCAGUAGGGCUUGCCUGGGACCUGGGUUGGACCAGACUCCUGCUUGUCCUGCGCAGUCUAGAGCCUGCAGAAUACACACUAAUUGGUCAGAAAAAUCAGAGCUGUUUGAGAGAAAAGAACUCUGAAAGGUGUUUGUGCUUCAAAAUUGACUUUACUACCUCUUAGUUUUAUGUCUUUCCGUGCCCAUGUUUGGCUUCAAGGCUGAGAUUAAAUCAGUCUGCAAUUCACUGAUUUCAUUAAUCCAGAGGCAUAGGCAGGCAUGGAGCACAUUAUUAUUAUUAUCAAUUAUCAUUAUUAUUAUCAUCAUUAUUAUUAUAUUUGUACUCACAACAACAAAAACGUUAACUGUUAUAAAAUCUGCAUUUUGGUUAAAAUAAAGUGCUUUUAUGUUUCUGGUG